AUGGAGCAAAAGAGAUUCGACGCUGCGGAAAGGGAAAAGGAACGUGUAUUGGAACAGGAAAAAAUGCAGUUCGACGCUGCGGAAAGGGGAAAGGAAUGUGAAUUGGAGCAGGAGGCGAGGAAGCACAGGGUCAAGGAUGUCUGUUCAGGACAGGGCGCUGUGGAAUUCCCUGGAAGGACUCGACCAUUUGAGCAGAUCCCCAACAGUAAGCUGAAACACCUGAUAGUGGACGACAAACACCAGGUCAUCUACUGCUUUGUUCCCAAGGUAGUGUGCACCAACUGGAAGAGCGUGAUGGCGGUUCUGAGUCAGUCUAUGAUCUCGCCCUCCACAGGAAAACCGUACACUGACCCCAACGAUAUACCUGUGGGGCUCGUACACAACCAUGAUUUCUUCUCCUUAUCCGAGUUCGGUUCUCUGUCCCGCCACCUGAUGGAGCUCAAGCUCCAGCACUACACCAAGUUCCUGUUUGUUCGAGAUCCUUUCGUUCGUGUCAUCUCUGCCUUCAGGGACAAGUUUGGACGCAUCAACCAGCAUUGGUACGAGUUGUUGGGUAUGAGCAUGCUGCGUCGUUAUGGUAACAUCUCCGGGGCUCUGCCGAACAAAUCGAGCGAGGUGUUUGCCGCAGGAGUCAACCUGACGUUUCUGCAGUUUAUCAAGUACGUGCUUGAUACAGAGACUGAGCCGAACGUACACUGGAAACAGAUGUAUCGUCUGUGA